UCGCCCGGCCAUGGAGGUGCCGCGGGGGGCCCUGUGCACCCGCGUGGCCCGCUCCCUGCGGGCCUGCGAUGCCGGGAUGGACGGCGCCCUCGUGCGCGGGCUGCUGGCCAGCGACGCCCUCCCCGCCGCGGGGGUCCACGAGCGGGGCCCAGUGGACUACGAGGCGUUCGCGCGCUGGCUGCUGGACGCGAGGAUCGGCGCGGCCCCCUCCGAGGCCGGGGCAGGUCCCGCCCGGAGACGGGCCGGCGAGCCGCGCCCUGGCAGCUUGUGGCAGGCCCCGUGCCCGGACGACGUGGUGAACCUCGACGUGGGGGGCGAGCGCUUCGCCACCCAGGCCAGGACCAUGGACGCGUGCCCCGAGGGCUCGCCGCUGAAGGAAUUACUCCUUCGGCCUCCCGGCGGUUCGGGCGUCUACUUCGUCGACCGCGACGGGCGUCACUUUCACCACGUGCUGAACUUUCUGCGGGACGGCGCCGAGAAGUUCGCGCCGCCAACAGAUGCUGCCACGAGGCGGGAGCUGUACUUUGAGGCCUGCCACUACAAGCUCGGGGAUCUAGCGCUCCUCAUCCAGGAUGCGUACCCUGGGGCACCAUUGCCUGGCAACGAGGCAGAUCGAUUGCGUAGGCUGGAAAGUUUGGACAUUAUGCACACAGAUGACGCGGAUAUCACCUACGACAACAUCACCAGGGUGGUGCAGGUUCUCCUCAACAUGCCCAUUGUUCUCAUUAGCUUGGUGGGCGGCGACCACCAGUGGUUUAAGUCGAGAUGUGGGCUCAACGCUACCCAAACGCCGAAAAACACAAGCUUCUGCUCGUUCAGCUUUCUCACCAAGGAUGCGCAAGUGUUCGUUGUCGAGGACGCUGUCAAAGACCCACGGACGUUCAGCAAUCCUUUGGUCAUUGGAGAGCCGUUCAUUGGUUUCUACGCAGGGUGCCCCCUGGUGAUGUCCGACGGUUUCCGCCUGGGCGCGCUGUGCGUGAUCGACCACGUGCCCCGCAAGCUGACACGGUGGCAGUACCAGGUGCUGGUCAACUGCGGCUACAUCGCCGUUCAGGAGAUCCAGCGGCGCGAGCUGGAGAAGACACGCAACCGCUGCGAGACCGUGCCGAUCGAGGAGAUCGACAGGCGGGCCUCGGAGGCCGCGGCCGCGAGGCGCCAGCCCUGGCGCGACCGGGCGCGGAAGACCUAUGGGUGUGGGGCCCUCCGGCUCGGCCGGAUGGAGGAGGCCCUCUCGGAGGUCACGUGCCUGGUGCAGGUCAAUACCACGACAAUGAGAUGGCCGAUUUUGUACGCCAACAGGAACUGGACCCGCCUCACGAGCGCUCCGGUCCGCCCACCGCCCUUCCAGGCGGGCCCGCACAGCGCGGGCUGCCCCGACGCGUUCGAGGGCCAGCCGAGCCUGUGGGACGUCCUGCAGCUCGACGCGGGCACCGACAGCAGCGCCUUCUUGGAGGGCAUCCGCAGCAUGUGGGACGGGAAGGCAGAGCCGCACACAUUUGGCACCUCGGCGAGCCUGAGGGCAGUCCCGGCGGACAUGUGCGACGCCAGCAGGGAGGUCCUCUGUCCCGUGUCCUGCCGCUUCGUGCCGGCGAACCAGCCCGUGGACGUGGCCGCGGCCGCGGUGGACGCCGUGCCGCCGGUCCGUCUGCUCGAGGCACCAUGGCGCCCCGAGGGCAGAGUCCUGGAGAGCUGCCUGUACUUUGUGGUGAUGGUCGUGGUCGACGAUGCCUCGCAGUACUGCCCCGCGAGGGCCGAGCCCACGGCGGCAGACUCGCCGCCCACGGACACCACCACGGCGACCUCGGGCGCGGCUGACCGGCAGGAGAGCGGCGACACAGAUCUGGACUCGGGGGACAAAAGGCGCCAGGUUUCUUGCGUCUCUGCCCUCUCUGCCGGCGACAGCAGCCGCAGCGCGGGGGUGCAGCUGAAGCCCACGAGGCCACCCUUUGUGGACGUGCAGCUGCGGGAGCAGGUCGGGCGGGGCUCCUUCGGCAGGGUGUACUAUGCCCAGUGGCUGGGCUCGCCCGUGGCGGUGAAGGUGGUAGAUUGGAAGGGGAAGGCGGACGCCGCCAAGACGCAGUUCGAGGCCGAGCUGUCCUGCACGCUGUCGCACCCGAACCUUGUGCAGACCUACAAGUACAGCACCAGGGAGCAGGGCAAGAGACAGGGGCUCGCCCAGGCAGAGUUAGGCGCUGCCGACGGCGUAGGAUACCAAACCUGGAUCGUCCAGGAGUGGUGUGACGCCGGCACUCUCGGGCUGCUUUGCAGCCGUCCACGCGUCGAGUCCAAGGACUACGUCGAGGUUCUUCAGAUCGUCAGCGAGAUUGCCAGCGCUGGCUCGUACCUCCACUCUCGAGGUAUAAUUCAUGGCGACUUGACUGCAAAUAACGUGCUCUGCAAGACGCAGGUGUCCGUCAAGGGUUACGUGUGCAAGAUCUGUGACUUCGGGCUGUCCCGCAUCCUUGAGGGCGAGAACAGUGGAAUCCUGACGAACCAGCUUGGCACUGUCACGCACAUGCCGCCCGAGCUCUUCAACAUGGAUCGCCAAGUCGAGCUCACCACCAAGGCGGACGUGUAUGCCGCGGGCGUCCUCCUGUGGCAGGUCGUCUGUGGCCAAAGCCCCUGGAAGGGCAUGUCGGCGCCCACGGUGGUAGUACAAGUCGCUGCGGGCAAGCGCCUGAGGAUGCCGGAGGGUGCGCAGCAGGGCACCAAGGACAUUUUUGCCAGCUGCACGAUGGACGAGCCCGAGGACCGGCCCACCAUGGACGAGCUCUCGGAGAGCCUGCGCAGAGCACUGGAGUUCCUGGACGAGGCCGACGCCCAGGAUUCCGUGAGCAGCGCCUGAGGCGCAGAGGGUUUCUGUCGAUUUUUCAAUAUUAUUUUUUGCAGCGACGCCGUAUGAAGAACAACGAGAUGCAUAAGCAUGAUUCUUUGAGGCCCGCACGGAUCUCUCGCAUCGGCGUUGGGCCCCCCUGGCGGCGCCUCCAGCGCCGCCCCUGGCCCGAUCCAAGAAAUCCGCGGAGGACCUCCGGGAAAUCCAUGUUCCUGCCUCUGUCCGUCCCUCUGUGAAUCCCCGCCUCCUCGCGGCGCCGUACCUGCCUCCCCGCGUCUAUUGUGCGGGGCCCUCUUUUAGCUGCUGUCGCCGGGGUUCCCGAGUGUCCGGCUGCCUGACGGCAGGCCCCGCUACCGUGCCAGCGCAGCGUGGGGAGCGCGUGCAGGAUGCUUCGAGCAGGGACCCACCAUGGUAGGGUCAAGGCUGACUCCUCCUCCUCCUCCUCCUCCUCCUCCUCCUCCUCCUCCUCCU